AUAAAUAAAACACCUUACCAGAUCUGAAUGUAGCGCAAACCUUGAGCGACGCUUUACAUAAGCAGCGUUCACAAUUCGGCAUAAUUAAUCUCCACUGACCAACCUCAAUUUGUCCAUUUCAUGCAACCCUAUUAAUCGUUUACCGCCCGAAGCCCAUCGCGAAAGCGAUAGCGAAACCAUUCAGCAAAGAACGGUCGAGAAAGCUGUAACAAUGCCCCCGCGCUUGGGGUACAAAAAGUCUCGAAGGGGUUGCAUGCGCUGUAAACAAAGACGCGUCAAGUGUGAUGAGAAGCAGCCUUGCGCCGCGUGCGAGAGACACGGCUUAUCGUGUGUCUACCAGGAACCUUCGGAAGUACGACGAGGGCGUUCAGCUGAUAAAGUCGAUACCCAAAGAGAUGAUCGUCAAAAAAGCUCAAAUGCCGACUCGUCAAUCGCGAGCCCGGAUCCAUUGCCGUACCUAGCCAAGUUCGUUACAGGUCAAGAGUCAAUAGAGCAGAGCACAUGGCUCACGGACCUUGAGCUGAUGCACCAGUAUUCGACAUCUACUUACCUUACCCUGCCGCGAGCAGAUGAACUUCGGCAAAUAUGGCAGAUUGAGUUGCCCAAGCUAUCCCUGAGCCAUGUUUAUCUUCUCCACCAAGUCUUGUCUGUAUCUGCAUUCCACCUGGCCUCCCUGCAUCCAGAUCGACCAGACUACGCUAUUUGUGCCUCACAACAUCAAAAUAAGGCUAUCGCUGGUCUUCGGUCAGCUGUCGCGUGCAUCACUGAGGAGAGCUGCGUGGAGAUCUUUUUGUCAUCUUCACUGCUGGGCAUCGGGGCAUUCGCUGGUCUCGGCGCUCACAAUGCUGGUCAACAGCCUCGCAUUGACGAUCUUCUCGAUGUUUUUGUGCUUAUUCGGGGCAUGAGCGACAUCCUCAACAGAUACGAGCCACUGCUCAAGGAGAGCAGAAUUGGGCAUCUCUUCGUCAAAGGAAGCCAAUCUGGCUCGACGCCUCUUCUUGACGCCACGCUCACGCAGCUUCGGCAAAUUGUAAUACCCGAUGGCUUUGAAGAUACGGCAACUGCGAUAUGUCAAGAAUCAAUCGCAUCAGGAAUUACCUGGAUAGAGAAUCACAUCGGGGCAACGGCUACGCCUGACGAGCGAAUUGCCAUGACUUGGUGUUUGUCUGUAAGCUCGGGAUUUCUGGACCUCAUCAGACAGCGGCACCCUGUUGCGCUUUGUGUCCUAGCGCACUAUUGUGUCAUCUUGGAUCGAGUUGGAAGAUCUCAAUGGUUUAUGAGGAAUUGGGGCAAGCCGGUACUACAAGACAUUCGGAACGAAAUGGAACCACGAUGGUCGUCAAUGCUGCAAUGGUGUUUGGCAGCUGUUGAAUGUGAGAGAAAUGCUCAAGUGCAUUGAUUCUAAAGAGAGAUAGACCAUCUACAUGUAAAAACAAACGGAAAAAUAACUGGAAUACAAAAGCCAAACGAAUGCAUGGGUAAUUCAACAAUAACUCCAUCCCAAUUCAAGCCCGGGUAACUCCUUCAAAAUAUUGUGACGCAGCC